UCACAAAGAGGCAUCACAAGCUACUAGACUGAAAUGUUGAUGUCUGAUGCACAGGCCGUAGCUAUAUCAAAAAGUGAAGCUGCUGUUGUUUCGGCCAUGACCAAUGUCUACUUUGCUGCGCAGAACAAUCUAGCAUCAUCACUGGUUCCAGACCUCAACAGAUUGUGUAUAUUGCAGGGUGCAACCCAACUCAAUGUCCUUCGAGUUGACAAUCAUACUUCAUAUGAACACAGCAGCAGUGUGUUGGAAUUUCAAAACUGCAUUGCAGACGUUAUCAGGGGAGAUCUUCUUCAGAAGAUAAAGACAUCUGGCAAGUUCAGUGUAAUGCUUGAUGAAAGUACUAAAAUUUCAGUAAAACAAAAUUUAGUGACUUAUAUUAGACUAUUGGAGACUGAUGAGUUUGGCAUGACUUUACCCCAUACUAACUUCUUAGGUGUGGCAGAACUGCAAAGGGCUAAUGCAGAGAGCAUAUAUGAGAAUGUGCUUGACAUGCUUGGUUGAAAGGGAAUUGACAUUGCAAAUUUAUGUGGUGUGAGCACUGAUGGGGCUUCUGUAAUGGUUGGGCGAAAUUCUGGGGUUGUUACCCGUCUUAAACGUACUGUGCCAGGUGUGUUGGCAACACAUUGCAUAGCACAUCUUUUGGCGUUAAGUUGUGCUGGGGCAGCUGAUACCAUUACAUAUUUAGUAAAAUACCAAGAUAUC